UGAAUAAAUGACCAAAUGUACUCAUGAAAGAUGAAAACGCUGACAAUUGUACCCAUAGCAGACCGAAACUAACUUUGUACCCAUUGAAGAUGCGGUCCGUGUGACAGAAAUACCCUGCCUUGGUUUGACACCAGCUUCGUGCUUAUACGAACCUACGUGGCACUCCAAACCCCCCAAACCCCUAUCUACGUGGAUUUCAACGUUAUUAUAAGGAUUAACCCAUGAAGUGAAAACCCUAGGGAGUCAUCUUCCCCAAUUCAAACCACACCCCAGUAAAUGCAAUUGACUUCAACCUCAUCCAGUUUCAAGUGCACAUAAGGAGAGAAGAAAUUUUCUCGUGAGCCCUGGCAUGUCGUUGCGAAGAUAUAACUCUCCUGCAAGUGAUGGAACUCGCAGCAGUUCAUCGAGUUCGAAGAGGAUGAAGGGAAAGAUGCUCGACGGAAAAUGCUUGUGUGGGAGGGAUGUUGUGUUGAUAGAGUCUGGCACCAUGACAAACUCUAAUAGAUGGUUCAUCAGAUGUCCUGGGUGGGCGACAAGAGAUUGCAAAUACUUUGUGUGGGUGGAUGAAAUUGAAGAAGGAUGGGAGGGCCUAGCAAGAGCUUUAGCAAAAAGAAAUUCCGAUAAGUCUUAUUCAAGGCAUGAGGAUGGCGUGACUGUAACGACUGGUCUGAAAAAUCAGCCAGCAUCGUCGAUGAUGUCUAGGAAAUUGGAAAAAUUUAGGGGUGAAGUUAGGGGGGAACUUAGGGGAAUGAGACUGUUGUUCUCAACCAUUGCGUUGGGGGUUGCCUUCUGUUUAAUUUUUGAGUUGUAUUUGGUUAUGAAAGUGUAAGAUGUGUAUGAGUUGGGAACUUUGGUAUGACAUGCUGCUCAAGUGAUUGUAUAACUUUGAUCUGGUUUUUAUUAAUUCUGAUGCAUUAACAUAGGCACGAAGAUUUCGAUC